AUACUUCUUAGCCGUCUGCCACGCCUCAGGAUAUUACUGCCAAUCACUGGCCUUAAAGUCUCGUUCCUUCUAUGAAGGGACUACCGCAUCGCACCAUUUAACCCUUCCAAUCCUUUUAUCAAGCUGUCCUGAUCUCUUUCGCAUUUCUAGUUUCACGAUGGAAGACACCGACCAAGUUGAACACGAGAAAAUCACCACUGCUCUCGAAGUCGAGCAGAUCGAAGUAAAUUUAUUUCGCUCGAAAGCCCUUUGGGUUCCAACACGGGCUCGAGGCGUAUUUGGAGGGCAAGUGAUAUCGCAAGCUAUUGUAUCUGCCACGAACUGUGUAGAUCCUGGCUUUGGGUUACAUUCUCUUCAUUGUUAUUUCUUACUCAGCGCAUCACCCGCUGUCCCUAUCCUCUACUUCGUCGAGCGUCUCCGGGAAGGCAGGUCCUAUAGUACCCGGAGUGUCAAGGCUGUUCAAAAUGGAAAGAUCAUAUUUCAUCUCUUGUGCUCUUUCCACCGCGGAGAACCCUGGCAACCAACGUACCAAUGGCCUAUGCCACACGACGUCCCGAAUUUAGAGGACUGUGAGCUGGAAGAGACAUUGUUCCGACGCCUUGCGUCGAGGCCAGGGUUACAUGAGAAAGUUCGGGAAAUAUAUUUGACGUAUACUGAGGAGCGUACGAAGGGACCUAUAGCAGUUAGACGUGCAAAGCGGGACGACUCUUCCGCGGAUGGAACAAUCACUUCAAUGUACUGGAUGCAAUCACGAAGUAUUCCCCAUUAUGAAGCGCCAUUCCAAAAAUGCAUCUUGGCUUAUCUUUCGGAUUUGAAUUUCAUUACUGCCGCCGCUAAUGUUCUCAAGCUAAAGAGGUAUGCCAGAGGCCCGGAUGCACAUUCCAUGAGUUCGACACUGGACCAUUCUAUAUAUUACUACAAUGAUGACUUCGAUUGUGGAGAUGGCCUUUUAUACGUUGUUGUUUGCCCACGAGCUGCUUCUGGAAGGGCCAUCGUGCAAGGUCGGCUGUACUCCCGCGCCGGUAGUUUGGUAGCCGUCACCACCCAGGAAGGUGUUGUUCGUGCCGAUAGGAGGGCGCCGGAGGAUACCAAAGCAAAGCUGUGAUGCAGCAUAGAUCACCAUCUUAUCCCGACACUAUUGAUUUAAUUAAUUAAUUAAGGAUAUCUUUUUACCAUAUUCCCAAGAGUUCUAUAUCGUGAAUCAAGUCAUACAGGUGCUCUAAA